AAAAUAAACAAAUAAUUAAUAUUUAAAAUCUUAGUGGAAGCGGACUAACCAGAGUUGAGAGAGACUUGUAUUGUAUCCACUCACGGCUCAUCUCAAUUUUAAUCCCUUUUAAAAUCUUAAGCCUUUAAAACUUAAUUUCACUUCACUACUGGACUAGCUUUGGUGUUUUCUUUGACUGGUUUUUUUUCUCUCUCUCUCUCUCUCUCUCCUCCUAUCCUUUCUGCGUUCCAAUCUGCAAUCAGGUCCCUGUACUUGCACCAAAUUAUGGUGACAAUGGAUGUGGAUAACAAGUUUUUCAGUGUGGGUCUGAUGAUUUUGGCCACUCUAGUGGUGGCCAAGCUUAUCUCAUGGCUUUUGAUGUCCCGAUCUGGAAAGCGUCUCCCUCCGGUGGUCAACACGUGGCCUGUGAUUGGGGGACUUCUCCGUUUCUUGAAAGGUCCCAUUGUGAUGCUUCGUGAAGAGUACCCUAAGCUUGGGAGUGUAUUCACAUUGAACCUACUUAACAAGAAGAUCACUUUCUUGAUUGGUCCUGAGGUUUCUGCUCACUUCUUCAAGGCCCCGGAAUCUGAUCUUAGCCAGCAGGAGGUCUACCAGUUCAAUGUGCCCACUUUUGGCCCCGGAGUUGUAUUCGAUGUGGAUUACUCAGUGCGGCAAGAGCAGUUCCGGUUCUUCACCGAGGCUCUCAGGGUGAAUAAACUUAAGGCAUAUGUGGAUCAGAUGGUUACAGAAGCAGAGGAUUACUUUUCCAAGUGGGGAGACAGUGGCGAGGUGGACUUAAAGUAUGAGCUGGAGCAUCUGAUCAUCUUAACUGCCAGUAGAUGCCUCUUGGGUCGCGAAGUUCGUGAUAAACUCUUUGAUGAUGUUUCAGCGUUGUUCCAUGACCUUGACAAUGGCAUGCUUCCUAUUAGUGUCAUCUUCCCAUACCUGCCCAUCCCAGCUCACCGUCGCCGUGACCAGGCACGCAAGAAGCUUUCAGAAAUCUUUGCAAGCAUCAUAAACUCCCGUAAGCGUUCUGAACAGUGUGAGAAUGACAUGUUGCAAUGUUUCAUUGAUUCGAAGUACAAAAAUGGCCGACCAACAACUGAAUCUGAGGUCACUGGCUUGCUCAUUGCUGCUCUCUUUGCUGGGCAACACACUAGUUCUAUCACUUCCACUUGGACUGGGGGCUAUCUCCUCCGUCACAAGGAAUACUUAUCUGCUGUGUCAGAGGAGCAGAAAAACCUAAUGAAAAAGCAUGGGAAGAAGGUUGAUCAUGAUAUAUUGUCAGAGAUGGAUGUCCUGUACCGUAGCAUCAAGGAAGCUCUGAGAUUACACCCUCCACUAAUCAUGCUGCUGCGAAGCUCGCAUAGUGAUUUUAGCGUACAAACCCGUGAGGGGAAAGAGUAUGACAUCCCGAAGGGGCACAUAGUUGCCACAUCACCAUAUUUUGCCAACCGGCUUCCUCAUAUUUACAAGGAGCCAGACACGUACGAUCCUGAGAGAUUUGCUGCUGGGAGAGAAGAAGAUAAGGUGGCAGGGGCAUUCUCAUAUAUCUCAUUUGGAGGUGGCAGGCAUGGAUGCCUUGGUGAGCCUUUUGCAUACUUGCAGAUAAAGGCUAUAUGGAGCCAUUUGCUGAGAAAUUUUGAAUUGGAGCUGGUGUCACCUUUUCCCGAGAUUGAUUGGAAUGCCAUGGUUGUGGGUGUGAAGGGAAAGAUGAUGGUGCGGUACAAGCGACGGGAGCUCUCCUUCGAUUAAUGGCAAUGACUUUUUUGGGUGGUCAGCAGGUUUUGUUUUUUGGUGAGGUGGUCAGCAGUUUUAAAUUAUUGUUCUCUAGGAUGUUUUUGCCCCCUCUUCUUGUAUGUGUUGAUUUUCUUCCCCGUUUUGCAAUUAAAUGUUGAUGAUGCGUACUUUUACUGGAUUAUGUCUUGUUUAGUGUCAUAUUUAUGAUGAAGAUUGUAGCUUCUGACAUGACUUCAGAUUUACUCCAGUUUCA